AUGGACGGCUUCGCGAUAGAGAUGAACGAUGGUAUUCACGAGCGAACAUCCGGCACACAUGACGCAGGUCCUGGAAAAGAUAGCUACCCCUCAACUCUCCUCCGUUCAAUCUGCUUUAAAGUGUGCCUCUUUGAGGCAGUAAAAGGCAGCAAGUCUCAGUUGGAGAAGUCUGGCACACCCCAACUUUACUGGAUGCAGGUGCCAUGUGGACAACUUGCCUUUUUACAGAGGACGCCUCUUGCAACUUCGGCAGAUCGCUUGAUGGUCCGACGAAAUGUAUAA